UACUCUGUUAUAACCUAUGGCCAUGUUGACGAUGAUGUCCAAACCUGGCUUAGUGCUGCUCUUACCAAUCAAGAAACUUGUCUAGAGAGCCUUGAGAAUGACAAGUCUAAGGUAGACAAGGGCCUCAUGGAGACUUCAGCUAAGAACUUGAGCCAAUUCAUAAGCAACUCCCUAUCGCUUUUCAUGAUGACUAGUAGAGCUAAAAACACAAACCCUAAUGUUGUCGGCGGCCGGAGGCUGUUGUCGGAUGAUUUUCCGACAUGGGUCUCAGGCACGGAGAGGAAGCUUCUAGAAGGUUCUGUGGAUGAAUUGGAAGCACAUGCUGUGGUGGCUUUGGAUGGGAGUGGCACGCACAAAAGUAUUGGUGAGGCACUUGGGCUGGUGGCCUCAUUGGAGGAGAGUGGUACUACGGGAGGCAGAUCUGUAAUUCACGUAAAAGCUGGGACUUAUCAAGAAUACAUAAAUAUACCCACCAAGCAGAAGAACGUUAUGUUAAUUGGUGAUGGAUUGGGGAAGACGAUUAUUGUGGGAAGUAGGAAUUCGGAAGCUGGUUGGACAACUUACCAGUCUGCCACUGUGGCUGCUAUGGGUGAUGGAUUUAUAGCACGCGACAUAACAUUUGUGAAUAGCGCCGGCCCUGCAAAGCAGCAAGCUGUUGCUCUCCGAGUUGGUGCAGACAAGUCAGUGAUUUUCAGAUGCUCCAUAGUUGGCUACCAAGACACCCUCUACACUCACUCCAAGCGCCAGUUCUACAGAGAAACCCAAAUCUAUGGCACUGUCGAUUUCAUAUUCGGAAACUCAGCUGUGGUUUUCCAAAACUGCGACAUAUUUGCAAGAAAGCCUGCAUCAACUGGCCUCAAAAACUUCGUCACAGCACAAGGCAGAAGCAGCCCAGAUCAAAACACAGGAAUUUCAAUCCACAACUGCAAAAUAUCAGCUGCAUCAGAUCUUGCUCCAGUCAAAUCCAACUAUGAGACAUAUCUUGGGAGGCCAUGGAAGCAGUAUUCUAGAACAGUUGUUAUGCAGUCUUAUUUGGAUGAGUCAAUAAAUAGAGCUGGGUGGUCUCCUUGGGCUGGUGGGUCUGCCCUAAAGACUUUGUAUUAUGGUGAGUACUUGAAUUUUGGGCCUGGGGCUUCAACUUCAGGUAGGGUUCAGUGGCCUGGAUACCAUGCUUCAAUUACAUCAACUGCAGCUCAAGGUUUUACUGUUGGUGGUUUCAUUUCUGGGAACCUUUGGUUGCCUUCCACCGGGGUGUCUUUCGAUUCUGGAUUGAUUGGCUGAAGGGUAGCGAUUUUGGCACUCCUCUUUUAGCUUCUGGCACUACCACAAAAAUAAUAAAACACUCAGUUUGGAGUGCCGAAGCUAAAUUAUUAGGAGUGACAAAAUCACUAUUCUUAGGUGAAUUGUGCAUUAAUAUAAGCUCCUAUUUGUAUUUUGUUAGCUGUGGUGUGAAACAAAAGGUUUGGUUACUUAUUGAUUGUAGUAGAAUUGUAUUGUGAUAGGCCUAGGAUUGUGGGGUCUUAGUGAUUUGGGCA